AUUUAAAAAUCUAGGUAAAUUGGCAGACAGCAGUUGAAAGUGGACAGGCCGAAAGGCGUAACGAUUUAUUUGCUAAGAGUCGCUGGUCGAGAAAUGUCGCUGCAACUGCAAAUUGAGAAGCUCAAAGGUCUGGACAAUUACAAAGCGUGGUCGAUGACAGUGCGCGCCUAUCUGGAGUCCGAAGAUCUGUGGAGCGUCGUGGAGAAUGGACCGGAGAAUAACGAUGAGUCGCUGCUGAAGGAUAAGCGUGCCAAAUUCCUCAUACUGUGCCUGAUCGAAACGAAGCUGUGCCAGUUUAUGGUCAGCAUACGCACGGCCAGGGAUCUGUGGAACUAUUUGCGCACCCAGCAUUCGCUGCGCUGAGUCCAUUUUCCCUGCGAGCAAAAUAGACAUCAAUAAAAAACAUUUGCAGU